AUGUUUAUCACGGUGAUGUUUGGAGCUGCUGUGCCGCUGCUGGGGGAGCGUGUGUUCCAACUGCCCCAUCUCUUCGCUGCCAGCUGCUGGGAGCUGGUGAACACCUGGUGUGGCCUCGGGACCCUCACUGCCCACCUGAGGCAGAGGGGCCAGGUGCCCCCUGACGCGAGCGUCGCCCUGCUGGCUGAGGAUGGGCACCUGGUGAGCCUCGCCGAGGGGCUGGAGGAGGGGCCUUCCACGGCGCCCUCCGUGGCCAGCCCCCCGCUGCAGGAACGGGGGACCUAUGUCCUGAUGCAGAUCAUCAAGGGGGAGGGAGGGGACCCCACCCGCUAUGAGUGCCUCCUGGAGAACCCUGAUGGGUGGCAUCCAGAGCUGGCCGGCAGGGUUUCCUGGGCCUCACAGAGGAGCCACGCUGGUGGUCGGGCCUGCUCCCUCAGGGCGACGGCCGGAGGCAGCGCCUGGGCACUCGGCGUGGCCACCAGGAGCAAGGCCCUCCUCCACGGCCCCAAAGGGCCCUGUGACCUGGCACGUCACGGCCAAGUGGCCGAGCUGGACUGA